AUAAUAAAUAUCUGGUUGAAGUAUGGCUUUUGAGUUUAAGAAAAAAUGAAAUAAAUUUACAUAGGUAUAUCAUUGUAUUUAUUAUUAUUAUUAUUAUUAUAUAAUAUAUAUAAAUAAUAAUGAUAUUUAUAAAAUCAUGCUCUAAAAUAUUUAUAUUACCGUAUAUGUUAUUCCAUACUUAUCUGUCUUAUAUUUUAUGAAUUAUGAAAUUUAAAAUAGGUACUGAUUAAAAAAAAAUAAUUUAGGUUUUUUGUUACCUACCGGCCUAUGAACUUUUUAUUUACCAAUAUAAAUUGUAAUAAUAUGAUAAACACUGCUUAUUGUUUAGUUUUUAUUUUUUGAGGUAGGUACUUAUUUGAUUAUAUUAUGGAAUAUUACUAUAUUUUAAGUUUCAUUUAACUCAUAAGCUAAUUUUAUUUAUUUUAUUGUACUAUUCUAGUUAAAGAAAUGAAAACCAAAUGGAGACAUAUACGGGACAAUUAUUCUAAGUUUAUCAACCAUGCAAAAAGUGGCGAUAGUGCUACCAAAAAAAAAUAUGUUUAUGCUGAAUCGCUUUCAUUUUUACAGCAUAUAAUUAAAAAAAGAAGAACAACUGGUAAUUUUAAUGAAUUUGAGCAAGACAACAAUGAAGAAGAAACUGAAGAAGAAGAAGAGAUUAACAUCACUGUGGGUGCAGAUGAAUUUGAAAGAAAUGAAAACUCAACUGCUUCAACAUUUCAAAAAAAUAAAACUUCAACUUCAACUUCAGAAUUCAGGAGGAAAAAAUGUAAAAAAAAUAAUGUAACACCAUUUCAGCGAGAAUUAUUAAGUGCUUUAAAUAAUCCUGAGGAAGAAAAUAACUUUGAUCCUGAUAGGGCAUUUUUAGUGUCUUUAUUACCAGAUUACAAAAGGUUAACAUAUGAACAAAAAACAGAUUUUCGUUUAAUGACCUUACAAUAUUUUAAACAAAUUUCAUUAGAAGUUAAGCAAUCUCAACCAUUAUAUGAUGUACAUCAUAAUGCAACUUAUCCAAGUGUUUCACAAGCACAUUAUACCUCACAACUAACUUUACCUAUCUUGUCCACAUAUACAUCUACAUCAGAUUUAACGAUAAAUAAAGUACCACCUCGACAGGCUCAACAUUCUAUGGCAUUCUCUCCAUUACAUUCUUCUGGCUCAUAUUUAUCUGCAGACCAAGAUAAUGCCAACACAAUUUCUGAUUAUUACAAAAAUUAUCAAUAAUAUCUAUUAUUAUCUUAAGAUUUUUUUUAUAAUUUCGCAUACUAAAGUGAUUGUUUUAUUUUAUUUUUUAAAAUUUUAUUUGAUGUACCCACUACUUUUGUUUUAAAUUUUACAAAAAUAUUACAUGGUGCAUACUAAGUAUUUUGUUAUUUUAUUUUUCAAACUAAAGUGAUUGUUUUAUUUUAUUUUUUAAAAUGUUAUUUGAUGUACCCACUACUUUUGUUUUAAAUUUUACAAAAAUAUUACAUGGUGCAUACUAAGUAUUUUGUUAUUUUAUUUUUCAAACUAAAGUGAUUGUUUUAUUUUAUUUUUUAAAAUGUUAUUUGAUGUACCCACUACUUUUGUUUUAAAUUUUACAAAAAUAUUACAUGGUGCAUACUAAGUAUUUUGUUAUUUUAUUUUUCAAACUAAAGUGAUUGUUUUAUUUUAUUUUUUAAAAUGUUAUUUGA